CACCGAGUGUUUGCCUCGGCUAGCCGGAACGAACGCGCCAUUUCUCAGGGAGAAAAUGAGAACGACGUCCUCGUGCUCGUGAAACCAUAGGAGGAGGAUCUGGCGCAACGCUUGAGAGAGCAGGAAAUGUACGGCGCUGAGAGGGAGGAGGUGUCUGAAAGUUGGCUGCAUACGUAUGACCUGAGCAGUACUAUGAUUCCCAAUGCGAGCACGGCGAUGGAUGACGAGGAGCAUUUCUGCAAACUUAUUUUGUACAAGGAGAUCAAGGAUUCCAGAGUGCGAAUAUGGGAUAUCAUCAUCCUGGUACCGAAUCUAUUGUUUCUUCUGUUCAUCGCAAUGCGAUUUAACAGGGCGAGGCUUAAGUUACGUGCAACGAGUAGCCCAAUAUUUUUAGCGUUUUAUGGUCUGGUCAUUUGUAAUGUAGUUAUAUCAGUAGUGCGCUGCGUCGUGUCGAUGACUGUGAACGCGGCGGCAACGGUCGGCGGCAAGGCCGACAAGGUCCUAUGGGUCACAGUGAGAUUUUUUCUACUAUCUACCGAGAUGAGUGUAGUUAUAUUUGGUCUAGCGUUCGGUCAUUUGGACAGCCGCUCUAGUAUUCGUAGAGUAUUACUUGCUACAUCCUUCAUAGCGCUGGCAUUCACGAUCACUCAAGGAACACUGGAGUUGGUCUUACCGGACGAUACAUUUCAUAUUCCCAGCCGCGACUUUUACGUAUUCGGUCAUGGCGGCAUGAUGUUUUGGUUUUGCAGUAGCCUCGUUUUCACAACGAUAUAUCUUUUCAUAUUAAUACUGCCAUGGACACGGUUGCGGGACCGCCUAGCACUUCCUACACGGAAAAGUUUUUACGUUUACGCUGGAAUACUAGCGACGUUGGACUUAGUACAGUCGAUUGGCGCAGGCUUUCUAAACUACACGCAAAAUCCAGUGGGAUUAUGCAUCGUAGACUUCACUGCAGCAGUAUAUUUAACUCUUUUUACCCCUUUGGUUUAUCAUACAUUCCUAUCGGAAUUCUUCGGGGUUUCGCAACCUUCGAUAAUGUUCUCUUAUAAAGCACAAGUGGAUGACGCGAUGGACGAAGACACUGUGUCAUUACCGCACCAACAGAGUUUUUCAUCCUUGAAAACCGACAGCGAUUACAUCUAUCAGAAUCACAGUGUUUAUGACUCGACCCAAUUCGACACGAACACUACGCCAAUCAACCCGCUCUACGCGGCGUCUCUUCAAAGCCCAGAUAGUAUUACCGGUUAUAGUAUAGACAGUCAAGAAACGCCGAAUCCGCCGAAUGGUUACCAACAAUGAACCGUCGCUCAUAAUCGAUUCGGAGUGUGCUAUAAAAACUAAAACGAGCCUGCAUACGAGUUACUUGACGAUCAAAUUACAGUUUUGCUAAGAGCUUUGUGUGAUCUUUCACAAGGACUUGUUACUUUUCUUCGAAAAAAAAAAUCUCAUGCGAGAAAAAGUUCGGGCUCGAAGUGAGAUAACGUGCGAUUGUGAAUCGAACAUGAAAGGAUUCUAGUCGCUCUUGGGUGUUUUUAAGGCCACGUAAUUAACGGGGAAAAAUACGAAUGCUUUCGUCUCCAUGUGAUAGUUGGCAUCGAUGCCCAAAUUGUGACUGGAAGAAAUCUCGCAAAAUCUGGAAUCUCCAGUUUAACUUUACUUUAGUUUGCUUUAUUUAGGGCAAAUUCUUGAAAGAUGAUUAGUAAUAGCAUAUUAAUUCACAAUAGUUUUGUACUUAAAUAGACUUUGAAACGUCGAGUGAAUUUUUACUGCACGUAAAAAUAGAAUAUUCUUUUUGGCGAUGUUGCGCAUUUAUCUCAAAAACGUAGGUCAUUCUAGGAUUCGCAUACUUCCUCCCGAUCGCAGAGAUUAAUUUACCGUGCUCUCUUCAUUCAUUUUAAUCUGUAACUGGAACAUAUUAAUGAUCUUGAAAUUUUUCCUAAUUUUUAACCAUUUGAAAGUUUAUAUUUUACAAUCUUUUAUUUCACAAUUUUGAACUUGAAAAAAUUUUAAAAAGAAUAAGAUUAAAAACCUUAGUGGGUCUCAAGGCCCCAUAUGUUUUACUAGCGUCGAAAGAAAUAUGUUCCUAUUACGGAUUAAACAUAUUUUUAUCUAGGUAUAAAAUCAGUAUAUAUAGAAUAGUAAUUAAAAAUAAAUUCACUUCUAAAUGCCUUUGAUUAGCGUAGCUAAUACAUAAAUGCGACUUUUAGAAUGCCCUAUAUACACGGUGUUGAUCAUCAUCGCGAAGCAUCAUCUCUGUCGAUAAAUGCUGUUGUUUUAUAUUGAGAACUGCAAGGUUGGUGUGCCGGCCGUGGAUUCCUAGUAAGACGAACAAAACACUUAGAUUUAACUUUUGAAACUUGCUUAUCGUUUCUCCGUCCUUUUCAUCAAAGUGGACGUCGUAUCGCCCGAAAGUCCUCAUGUUGCGCGCGAAGCGAUGCGCAAGCGACAAGCCGGACACUCGCUAUUUUCUUACUUUUGCAUCGAAAAUCAUUAGAUCGAUUAAGGGACAAUAGGAGUCAUUAAAGUUAAACGUCGCGCGGAGGAAAUUUUUAGAUUUAAGGAAAAAAACUCUUCAAAUGCUCCAAUAAUUACGAAGACUCCAUCCAUGAUGUAUAUACAUGAUCUGUAAUUCUAGUGUAAAGGAUCGUACUAUUUAUAUAUCUUAAUAUAUACAUAUAUAUAAUAUAUAUAUUUAUCAAUAUAUUACGUAUCUCCGUAUCGUAAUUAAAUUCAUACAACUGUGACAGAUCUUAAAAUACUAAUUGCUCCUGCGCUGCCCGCGUUUUUCGCCUGGACGUUCAUCUUGCGCAGGGAAAGAAAAGAAAUAGGAGAUAAAAAGGAAUAUGAAAUUAUAAUAUCAUAUAAAAGCGUCCACUAUCGUCAUUCUCGAAGACGCAUUCAUUCACGAGGUUGUAGAUUCCUCCGUUUUUCUUAGUACAUUAGAGGAAGGAGAGAAUUCAGGAGCGAGCAAAAUUAAUAGUGAUAUAACGUAACUUAUUUUUUAGCAUAUAAAUUCGUUCGAACUUGUAUAUACGGUGUGCGUGGAACGAUGUUGUACACGAUGAAUCUCUGUCAAUUGCAAUUGCUUUUUACCAUCUCCGACUAUCCGUCACCCUGCACUCCUCACGAACGUUACCUACGAUCGUCUGACCGUGUGAUUUUUUUGUAAGUAUCGAGUGCAGUGUAUAAGGCAAUAUUGUGACCGCGUCAUAUAGCUAUACCUAAUUUUAAAAAAAGUAAAAUAAACAUGAAUAACGAUUCAA